AUGGAUUCCCAGGAGUGGCCGUUGGCCCCAAAUGUCGAUCCCAGUCUGGAUCCUCAGCUUAUCCAGGUGACAAAUAUUCCGUUGCCAAUCAAAGCCGAACCCGAUGAGGCACAGACUGGCGUCGCGACUGCUUUGCCCGAUGUGUCUUCGUGGCCGUAUGGUGAUUGCUGGCAAAGCUCCCGUCCCAUCGAGCCUACAUUCUGGGCCCCCAAUGCCAAGCUUUGCGACUGCCCCGAGCACCCCGCAACUACUUGGCCAGCCGAGCAUGCUAUACUUUUCAUUCCGGACUGUGCAAAGCGUUGCCCUUACUGCCCGUGGAAAACUCAAAAGACGGCAAAGAUUGGAAACCCGGCCCCGAUGUUGCGUCGACACAUACGCCAGUAUCAUCUGAAACAAGGCAAUUACUAUCCCGGUAUUACCGUUGAUCCGCUACGUGUGUCUGUGCAUAGGGAGUACGUCAGUUACGAACUCACCCAAGGCGGUCGUCCUACACUCGAGACGGAUACCGAACAGGCAUAG